GUCCGAUAUAGAAACCAACCGUAAACGAUGGCUAUAUUGGCACCCAGCGCAGAGAAACAUACAGACGUGACGGUGUGAGCGUAGCGAGCCCAACCGAAUUAAGCGCACCGUUUUAUUAUAUACCAAAAAUAUUACAAGGAGUCUCGAGGAGACCGAGCACCUUAUUUAUAGCGAUCUUUGGGGCUAGGCCCAGAGAGACGAGAGCUCUCUUCUUUCUCUAACUCAAAGCCACCAACAAUCCCGACACAAACCAACUUUGCUUCAGGUCCAGCAAUGGCGUUUACUGGUGUUUCAAUGUGCGGCCAAGAGCAGCUAGACUUGUCCAGAGACGGCAGCCACUACAGUCUCUCCACCGGAAUACUGCCGUCGCUCGGCGCCAGGUCUAGUAAUCGGAGAGUCAAGCUCGGCCGGUUUAUUGUUUCGCCUUACGACCGGCGAUACAGAAUUUGGGAGACAUUUCUUGUUGUUCUGGUCAUCUACACUGCUUGGGUCUCCCCCUUCGAAUUUGGCUUUCUUAACAAGCCACAGGGACCACUCUCCAUUAUUGACAAUAUUGUCAAUGGCUUCUUUGCUAUAGAUAUUGUUCUUACAUUCUUUGUGGCUUACCUGGAUAAGGCUACAUAUCUACUUGUUGACGAUCAAAAGAAGAUUGCUUGGAAGUACGCAAGUACGUGGUUGAUCUUUGAUGUCAUAUCCACAAUUCCUACUGAACUUGCUAGGAAGAUUUCCCCUAAACCUUUCCGGUCAUAUGGCUUUUUCAACAUGCUCCGUCUUUGGCGUCUUAGAAGAGUUAGUGCUCUAUUUUCCAGAUUGGAGAAAGAUAGGAACUAUAAUUACUUUUGGGUUCGUUGUGCAAAACUUAUUUGUGUCACCCUGUUUGCGGUUCACUGUGCUGGAUGCUUCUAUUACCUUCUUGCAGCCCGUUACCGUGACCCCAAGAACACAUGGAUUGGAAAAACAAUGGAAGAUUUUCUUCAUCAAAGUCUGUGGAUUCGAUAUGUGACUACAGUUUAUUGGUCUAUCACUACACUCACAACCGUUGGCUACGGAGAUUUGCAUCCUGUCAAUACAAGGGAGAUGAUCUUUGACAUAUUCUACAUGCUUUUCAACCUUGGCUUGACAUCAUACUUGAUUGGAAAUAUGACCAACUUGGUUGUCCAUGGGACCAGUCGAACACGAAAAUUUAGGGAUACCAUACAAGCUGCCUCCAGUUUUGCACAAAGGAACCAACUGCCUGUUCGCCUGCAGGAUCAGAUGCUUGCCCACUUGUGUCUGAAGUUCAGGACAGAUGCAGAGGGACUCCAGCAACAAGAGACUCUUGAUUCACUUCCGAAAGCCAUACGCUCAAGUAUUUCACAUUAUCUGUUUUACUCUCUUGUCGAUAAGGUGUACUUGUUUCAUGGUGUUUCAAAUGACUUGCUUUUUCAGUUGGUCUCAGAGAUGAAAGCUGAGUAUUUUCCUCCCAAAGAAGAUGUAAUAUUGCAGAAUGAAGCACCUACAGAUUUCUACAUACUUGUCACUGGUGCUGCGGAUUUAGUGGUCCUCAAGAAUGGAGUUGAACAGGUCAUUGGUGAGGCAAAAACUGGUGAUCUUAUUGGUGAAAUUGGGGUACUCUGUUAUAGGCCACAGCUUUUUACCGUUAGGACCAAAAGAUUGAGUCAGCUACUCCGGCUGAACCGAACUACAUUCUUAAGCAUAGUUCAAGCUAAUGUUGGGGAUGGAACUAUAAUAAUGAAUAACCUCCUCCAGCAUUUGAAAGAGGUCAAGGAUCCAUAUAUGGAGGGAGUUUUGCUGGAGACUGAGAACAUGCUAGCACGUGGUAGACUGGAUCUACCUCUCAGUCUAUGCUUUGCAGCAAUUAGAGGAGAUGACUUGCUGUUGCAUCAGUUGUUGAGACGGGGUUUGGAUCCAAAUGAAUCAGACAAUAAUGGCAGAACAGCUCUGCAUAUAGCUGCAUCCCAAGGAAGUGAGAACUGUGUGCUUCUACUAUUGGACUAUGGAGCACUUCCUAACAGUAGAGACUCGGAGGGAAAUGUACCACUUUGGGAGGCAAUACAGAACGAUCAUGAAUCGAUUGCCAAACUGCUGGUGGACAACGGUGCAACUUUGAAUGCUGGGGAUGUUGGUCACUUUGCUUGCACUGCUGCUGAGCAAAACAGGUUGGACUUGCUCAAUGAAAUAGUUCAACAUGGAGGAGAUGUCACAGCUCCUAGAAGCAAUGGAACCACAGCUCUCCAUGUUGCAGUGUCCGAAGACAACAUUGAAAUUGUGAAAUUCCUUUUGGACAAAGGGGCAGAUAUUGACAAACCAGACCUCCAUGGCUGGACCGCGAGAGCUCUAGCCGAGCAACAAGGACAUGAAGAGAUAAAGAACCUUUUUGAAUCUAGUAAACAGCCUAAAGUUCAAUCUGUUAUCACCAUUCCUACUGAGCGAAAGACUGGAAUUCGCUUCCUUGGGAGAUUUACAAGCGAGCCAAAUAUCCAUCCUCCCUCCCAGGGAGGCGCAUUUCUAGUAGCAGAUGGGGGAUCAUGGGGCCGAAGCCGCCCAAGGCGUAGGACUAACAACUUCCACAACUCACUUUUUGGGAUGAUGUCAGCUGCACACACAGGGGAGAAGGAUUUGUUCUUCUCCUCAGUUAGGGAGACCGUCGAAACCACUCCUAAGGGUAUUGGGAGUAAUCCUAACCCUGCUAGAGUGACAAUUAGUUUCCCUGAAAAGGGUGAGGUUUCAGGGAAACUUGUAUUACUUCCUGCCAGUUUUGAGGAGUUACUCGAGGUUGGUGCUAAGAAAUUCGGUUUCACUCCGGCUAAAGUUCUGAGCAAAGAUGGAGGAGCUGAAAUUGACGAUAUAGAGGUGAUUAGAGAUGGUGAUCAUCUUAUAUUUGUCAGUGGCCAAGAUGAACGUCAAGAAUGUAAUAGCGAAGAUGCUCCGACUAAAAAAGAUGUGUAGUACAUGCAUGGGAAGAACAUUUUUGUUACCCUUUUCCUACUUUUGGUACCACAGACGACCAGAAGAUUAAGAUGUUGGGUAGAGAUGUGGAUUAAGAAGAAGAUAAGGAUAUGGCCAAGUGGGUAACCUCUUUUUCAACAUUGAUGGUUGAUCAUUACUCAAUGACAUAUGGCACUCCCAGUUUCUUUGGUUUCUUUUGGAUGUAACACCUUGGACCCAAAAGAGGUCCGAGAGAGAGAGAGAGAGAGAACAGGAUGUGCAAAUAUCAAUCUGACAGCAAAUGUACAUAAUUUUGUCUCAAGAGAAAAAAUCUUGGCGACGAUUACCUUGUCCAGUAAAGUUGUUCUACUAAUAUAACCUCUUUGCCGACAAAAUA